UUCAGUGCUAAAAACUCGAAAAAUGAUUAUAUUCAGGCAAAAGACGGCGACAGCGACUACUUCCCAGCCACGUACGCAUGCUGUGAACGUGAUGACUAUAUCAUCACAGAGGCACCGACGAAGGAAAACUAUCGAGAUUAUUGGCGAAUGGUUUGGAGGGACGGCUGUAAAAUCUGCGUGUCGCUAAGCGAAAAGCUCAGUGCGUCCGACGGGAGCAUGUGCUAUCCCUAUUGGCCGUCAAAAGAAGGAGAGAAAAUGGAGAUUGAAGGAAAUCGUUUUGUGAUCGAAUGCAAAAAACGAACGGAAAUGAAAGGAUUCGUGAUAUAUGACUUACGAAUAGCAAGCACAGAUCCAUCCGUGGAUGCCAUAGCGGCAAAAGGCCAGUCGGAUUCGAAACAGAAGGCGGCAGAUCCACAAGAAGAAGAUGAAGAGAAAAAGUGGCGAAUUGUGACAUUCAUGCACUUCGACGCAUGGCCACCAGACACCUGGCCGGAUCUCGAUCUUCUUGGGCCUUUUGUUCAUACUUUGUCAAAACGAGAAGUUCAGGUGAUGCGGAAAUCUUUAGACAACUACAUUCCUCCAGUUGUCAUUCAAAGUCAUGAUGGUCUUGGAAGAGGUCCUGUCGUGUGGGUGGCGACGAUUCUUAUGAAGGAUAUAGAGAAAAAGGAGUGUUUUGAUGUCGAAGACCUUGCGAAGAAAUGUGCAAGGCAUGCUGUCGUCUAUUUUUCCUUUUUGUCUGGAGUCUUAGCUCGACCAGGUGCUUUUCAUAAGAAAGUCUAUUUCUGUGUUCUACUUGCUCUGGCUUUUCGACUUGCAUCACUUGGUGGUUGGACUGCGUUAGAGGAUGCCCGGACAAGAAUGAGAGACAUACAAACUGCAUAUCAGGAAAGUUUGAAGAAG